AUGUUGUCAGCACGUGCACUAGGACGGACGCCAGUGGCGCGCGGGAUGGCCACGGUGGCGAAGUUGACGCGGGACUCGCAGGUGAAGCAGAACUUGCUGGAGGACAAGUCGUUCAUCAACUACAAGCAGAACCUGGAAUACGUGGAUAUCGUUCGCCAGCGGCUGGGGCGCCCACUGACGUAUGCGGAGAAGAUCCUGUACGGGCACUUGGAGGAUCCCCACGGGCAGGAGAUCGAGCGCGGUGUGUCGUACCUGAAGCUGAACCCUGACCGGGUGGCGUGCCAGGACGCGACGGCGCAGAUGGCGAUCCUGCAGUUCAUGAGCGCGGGGCUGCCGGAGGUGGCCAAGCCGGUAACUGUGCACUGUGACCACUUGAUUCAGGCCCAGGUUGGCGGCGAGAAGGACUUGGCGCGCGCGUGCGAUCUGAACAAGGAGGUGUACGAUUUCCUUGCGACUGCCACGGCCAAGUACAACAUGGGGUUCUGGAAGCCAGGCUCCGGUAUCAUCCACCAGAUCGUCCUUGAGAACUACGCGUUCCCAGGUGCGCUUUUGAUUGGUACCGACUCGCACACGCCAAACGCCGGUGGUCUUGGCCAGCUGGCUAUUGGUGUCGGUGGUGCCGACGCCGUGGACGUCAUGUCCAACCUGGCCUGGGAGUUGAAGGCUCCUAAGAUUUUGGGUGUCAAGCUGACCGGCCGUAUGAGCGGCUGGACUUCGCCAAAGGACAUCAUCCUAAAGCUUGCCGGUAUCACCACUGUCAAGGGUGGUACUGGUAAGAUUGUUGAGUACUUCGGCGACGGUGUCGACACUUUCUCUGCCACCGGUAUGGGUACCAUCUGUAACAUGGGUGCCGAGAUCGGUGCCACCACCUCGGUCUUCCCAUUCAACAAGUCUAUGGUUGAGUACUUGAACGCUACCAACAGACACCAGGUCGCCGAGUUCGCUCAGUUGUACAAGAAGGACUUGCUAUCUGCAGACGAAGGUGCUGAGUACGACGAAGUCAUCGAGAUCGACUUGAACAAGUUGGAGCCUUACGUCAACGGUCCAUUCACCCCAGACUUGGCCACUCCAAUUUCCAAGCUAAAGGAGGUUGCUGUUGAGAAGAACUGGCCAUUGGAGGUUAAGGUUGGUUUGAUCGGUUCUUGCACCAACUCCUCUUAUGAGGACAUGUCGCGUUCUGCCUCCAUCAUCAAGGACGCUGCGGCUCACGGCUUGAAGGCGAAGUCGCUAUUCACUGUGACUCCAGGUUCCGAGCAGAUCAGAGCCACCAUCGCACGCGACGGUCAGCUAGACACUUUCACCGAGUUCGGUGGUAUCGUCUUGGCUAACGCAUGUGGUCCAUGUAUUGGUCAGUGGGACAGAAGAGACAUCAAGAAGGGUGAGAAGAACACCAUCGUCUCUUCUUAUAACAGAAACUUCACCUCCAGAAACGAUGGUAACCCAGAGACUCACUCUUUCGUUGCCUCUCCUGAACUUGUUACUGCUUUCGCUAUUGCUGGUGACCUACGUUUCAACCCAAUGACUGACAAGCUAAAGGGUAAGGACGGAAAGGAAUUCCUAUUGCAGCCACCUACCGGGGAGGGUUUGCCAUCUGGUGGCUACGAUCCAGGUGAGAACACUUACCAGGCUCCACCAAAGGACCGUAACCAAGUCGAGGUCAAGGUUUCGCCAACCUCCGACCGUCUACAAUUGCUAAGCGCUUUCAAGCCAUGGGAUGGCAAGGACCCACAGAACAUGCCUAUUUUGAUCAAGUCGUUGGGUAAGACCACCACCGACCACAUCUCUAUGGCUGGUCCAUGGUUGAAGUACAGAGGUCACUUGGAGAACAUCUCGAACAACUACAUGAUCGGCGCUAUCAACGCUGAGAACAAGAAGGCUAACUGCGUCAAGAACCACUACACUGGCGAGUAUUCCGGUGUUCCAGAAACUGCCAGAGCUUACAGAGACCAGGGUAUCAAGUGGGUUGUCAUCGGUGGUGAGAACUUCGGUGAGGGUUCUUCCCGUGAACACGCUGCAUUGGAGCCAAGAUACCUAGGAGGUUUCGCUAUUAUCACCAGGUCCUUUGCCCGUAUCCACGAGACGAACUUAAAGAAGCAGGGUUUGCUGCCAUUGACUUUCCAUGAGCCAGCGGCCUACGACAAGAUCAACCCUGAGGACACGGUUGACAUUAUUGGUUUGAGCGAGUUUGCUCCAGGCAAGCCAUUGACUUUGAGAAUCCACUCUAGCUCUGGGACUUGGGAAACUCCUUUGGACCACACCUUUAACAAGGAACAGAUUGAGUGGUUCAAGGCUGGUUCUGCAUUGAACAAGUUGGCUGCGGCUAAGAAAUAA